AUGGAGUUUAACAUAAAGAGGCCGCUGCUUAACGCGCCCGGGGCGAUUCUGUUUGCUUUGCAUGCCUCAAUCCUCGCCACUCUCGUGUACGAAAGAAGAACAGGCUGCGCUGAAAGCCUUGCGGUUGUUUCCUUCUCCUGCAUGAUGCACGCAAUGCUCUGCUUUCGCUGCUUUCUGACCCGAAGCCUAGAGUACCUUCUGUGCCUGUUUUUGUCAAGCGCCCUCCAAACAGCGCUCUCUGCCCGGUUCCUGCGCGAAAACAGCCUGUGCAUCCGCCUGCUGUUCCUCUUUAGUGUAGGCCGAGUUCUUGCCUUCUCUGCGCUCUUGCGCUUCCACUCCGCCGUCUUCUGCAGCACCGCAUACUUUCUGUAUACAGAAAGCAGCACGUACAGCAGGUCCGUGUGCUUUGACGCCUCCCUGCUCUGGGCCUUUGUUGAGAUAAAGUUCGUGGGCCUCUUCUUGGCGCAGUUUGAAAAAUGCUACACCUAUGCGGUGCUUGACAAAAGCUCCUUGCCUCACUGGGCGAUUCUUUCCUCGAGCGCCCAGCUGACGGUGUGUGUUUUCUUUCUGCUCUACAGAAAGGCCAACAGGCUUCUGAUGUACGCUCUGGCCACCAUAUGGAUUUUCUAUGUGAUCUACUACAAAAUUGUGCUCUAUGUGAUAUGCGCAUGCACGCACUCCUCCGAUAUGGCGUGCUUCCGCGGCCCUUUGUCCCUGUUUUGGCAGGAGUACUACAUUCUGAACCUGGCAAUGCUGGCUUUGUGUGUUCUUUACUACGUGCUGAAGCACGGGCUUAAAGGCGAGGCGCCCAUACACAGGAUUUCAUACGCGCACAGACGCAUGCUGGUCGAGGAAAAAUAA